AUGAAAAACAUCUUCUCGUUCGUCCUCGUCCUCGUCCUCGCGCUCGCGCUCGUCGCGUCCACCGCUGUCGCGGAGGACGUCCCGUCCUUGACCGGGUCGAUGAUCAUGACCGCGCUCGAAGAGGUGAGCGCGGGCGUGCGAGAGGACGUCACGGAGAUCAUGGACGAGCUCGGCAUGGACGCGGAGACGACGCACUUUCAGAGGUUUGCGUCGCGCGAGACCGGUGACGUCAUGAAGAAGAGCUUCGCGAUGAUCCAGUGCGUCUCCGUCCCUCGCCAUGGCAUCCACCGGUAUCUGCUGUUCCCGACGGAGUCGAACGACUUCACGCUGGAUUUCAUCAAAGUCGCGAACGACCUCGACGCGGACGAACGCCACAUCUUCCUCGUCUGCGGGCACGCGAAGCCGGAGAACUGCGUCGGCGACGACCCCCACCCCGGCGCGCCGGGCGAUCACCCGUGCGGCGAAGCCGACGCGGCCCCGGAGGCGGCGGAGAAAACCGGCGCUUUCUGCGAGCUCCUCUCCGCGAACACGACCACCGGGCGCGAGGGCGAAGUCCUCCUCUACGGCGCGGAGCCGAUCGAGUACCUGAAGACGACGCACGAGGAGAUGAAGGCAAAGGGCGAGACGAUGAGCGUGCCGACGAUCCACCUCGAGAUCUUGGACGCGGACGAGGUCGAGAAGAUGAUGGAGGAGGCGGAGGAGACCGAGCCGACGGACGAGGACGCCGCCGGCGCGCCCGCGCCCGCGCCGGAGCCCGCCAACCGCCGCCGCCGCCUGCUCCGCAUCGGCGGCGGCGGCAUCGGCGGCGGUCGCAUCGGCGGCGGUCGCAUCGGCGGCGGCAUCGGCGGCCCCGGCCUCGGCCGCGGAGGCGCACUCGGCGGCCGCGGGUUCGGACGCGGCGGCAUGGGCGUGAACCAGGUCAUACGAGGCUGCACGUUCGCGGGCAGCCGCUGCGGCGGCGCGGGGACGUACUUCAACGUCCCGAAGGUGCGUUCUAUACACUGGUUCCCAUACGACCGCGGCGGCGUGGUGAACGCCGAUCCUUAA